GUUUAUUUUGACGUGUGGUGGUUGAUGUGGCCCUGUGGUUGGAUUCAGGUGUGUCCGCUGCGGUCAUGGGUUUGGUUUACUCUGAGCCGGCCUGUCAGUCAGCGUACAACGAUGACGUCUAUCAGCUGUAUCACAUCCUGAAAGAGAAUCCUACAAAGCUGAACGCACUGGACCCAGGUACGGGUGACACACCCCUCAUUGCUGCCUGUCGCCGCGGUAACCUGAAGGUGGUGGAGUAUCUGUUGAAGCACCGCGCGGAUGUCAGCAUAACCAACAAGAAGCAGAGGUCGUGUCUCCACUAUGUGUCCAGGAGGAGGUUGUCCCUCUUGGACUACCUGCUGAUCUCCAUCCUGAUGCCCAUCUUGCUGCUGGGAUACUUCCUGAUGUUGCAGAAGCAGAGGAACUGUGUUAACCUGAUGAAUGCCGUGCUGAGCACCGACGUGAAUGUUGACGCCAUUGACUAUAAAGGAAACACGGCUCUUCAUUACGUCUGUCAGAGGAAAAAUCACCGCCUGGUCCUUCUGCUGCUGGAGAAAAAAGCAAAGACAGAUAUAAAGAAUAAUGAUGGAGAGACACCACUGGACAUCGCCAACAGACUAAAAGUCAAGAACAUCAUCUUCAUGCUAAAAAAGACAGAGUGAGGACGAUGUGGAUUUGGUGCUAGUCUGUGCAUGAAGCAAAGCUCGUCUAGGCCAGCAGUCGCCCGAUUCAUGUCUUUGUACUAAUUUAGACUAAAACUGUAAUGAAAUUGGAGCUGGACUGUAAAAACUGUUUACUGAUUGUUAUAUGCUCUUUAUGUAUUUAAUAAGUUUAUGCAGAACUGAAAAGCCAGUGGCAUCAGUUUCUUCUACUUCUGGGUGUGUCCAUUAAGGGGCGCUACAGCACAUCAUUCUCACCCUGUCCUCUGCAUCUCAAGCACCGCCUCCUGUUUUUGUUGUUUUUUUUUUGUUAGUCACCUCCUCUAAGCCACACAAAGCUGUAAAAUUUACAGUGACAUCAAUUUAUACAUUUUUGUUUUAUUUUUUAACACAUACACGGUGCCAACUUGUUUGUUUAUUGGAUAGUGAAAUAAUUUUUUUUUCUGCAGCAACUUCAAGUUGAACAAAUUUUUAAUAAAACUCUACAUCCCAACAUGAAUGAGGUCACUCGUGCACAUGGAAGUGGUUAGGUUACAGAAGCGACCGUGUGAUCAGCUGGUUAUUAGUUCUAUCGCCAACCAGAGGCACUACACUAGGUGGUGGCGGGUCACAACAUUUUAGCAUGAAACUGUGGCUAAUUACAGCACUAAGCUAUGGUCAUUUGACAUGUUAGCAUGAACACAUUGACAUAUUAGCAACAGUAGCUUGACUACAUGUCCAUGCUUAUAUUACACCAACAUGGUAAUUACCUCCGCCAACAAAUUUAGAGGUUGUUUUCACCCCCAUUUGUUUGUGAACAGCCUAUAACCCACAACUGUUCAUAUAUCAUUAUGAAUUUUUUAUUUUUUACAAAAGAUUCAUAUCCUGCUAGGCAAGAACUGAUUGUUUUCAAGGUCAAAGGUUAAAGUCAGGAAAAAUGUGGGAAAAUGGUAAAAAUAUCUAUCUUUUAACAUUGAACAAAUUUUCAAAAAUUCAUAACUCUUGGCAAAAAAGAUCAAGUAUCUUUAAUAUUUGACAUUAUGUAGGCUGGUAUCCUUUAUCGACUGACAUUUGAUCCAGAUUACAUUAGAUUUUGUGACCAUUUAAAUUUAACAUUGAAAACCCUAUUUAAUGUAUAGUGUUCAUUAUAUCUUAAUCAAACG